AUGGAUUGGGUUUUUGACUUGUGGGAUAUUAAUAACUAUAAACAUUCAGUAUCAAAGUAUAUAAAAUUACCCCCAGCACUCUUCCAACAACGCGAACUAGAAGUAUUAACGAAUGUUAAUAUUGAAUCAGGAAAUUCUGAACAUCGAUUCAAUUUACAACAAUUAGAUAAUCAAUUAAAAGGAUGUGAAUAUUAUACGAAAUUGAAAUUAACUGAACCCGGAAGACAACUUAUAUAUAAAGGCACAAUGAAGAAAAGAUAUUGUGCGGGAGAAUCAUCUGAUCUUCAAGUUUUCUUGUUUGAUCAUGUUUUAUUAAUGGUGAAAACAAAAGAAGUUGAUAAAAUAGAGCAAUAUAAAAUCUAUCGAAAGCCGAUUCCUCUAGAAUUGCUUGCUACAUCAAUAACUGAAAAUAUUCAAAAUAUUUCCAAACCGACUUCGAUUUUUCUAGCCAAAGCUCCCGCUAUCGUAAACAAUAUUCGUGAUAAGCAAUAUGCAUUGACCUUUACCUGCAUAGGGAAGAAAGGAUUUUCAGCUACAUUAUAUGCGUCUACAAUUAUAAGUCGUAAUAAGUGGAUAGAACAUAUUGAAAAGCAACAACAGUUUUUGCUUGAUCGAACUCAAGUUUUUGAGAAAACCACUUUUUUAGAGGGAAAAUAUUUCGUUGGCACAAAUAAAGUUAACUGUAUUGCUUUUUUUGAUGAUUAUCAAAAAUUGGCACUUGGUACAGAGGAAGGUGUUUAUGUUGCAGAUAUUGGACAAAAUCCAAAACAGCCUAUUCAGGUUUUGCAUUUAGAAAAAGUAUCUCAAAUUGCGGUACUAGAAGAGUUUCGAUUACUUUUAAUUUUGGCUGAUAAAAUAUUCUAUUGGCUUCCAGUUGAAGCUUUGGACCUUGAAGAUACAAAUAGUUCUAAUAAGAAACCGCGUAAGAUCACUUCGAAUACAAGUUUCUUCAAAUAUGGAGUAUGCUUAGGUAAAACAUUAAUCGCAGUGGUUAUAACUGCCGGUUUGACGCAAUCAAUUAUAAGGACAUUUGAACCAAUUGAAAGCAUCAAGAGUAAAAUGAAAGGUUCCAUAUUAAAUGAAGCUCUUAAAGCAUAUAAGGACUUCUGUAUACCCCGUAAAUCAAUAUCAAUCCAUUUUUUGAAAAAGAGUCUCUGUGUGGGAUGUACAAAAGGAUUUGAGAUUAUAAAUAUGGAAACUCUUGCAACCCAAACUCUAUUAGAUCCUGCUGAUGCUACUCUCGAUUUUGUUCAAAAGAGAGAAAAUGUCAAACCAAUUGCGUUAUUUAGAAUUCCUAAUAGUCGUGGUGAUCACUUGUUAUGUUAUGAUGAAUUUGCUUUUUAUGUAAAUAAAGUGGGAUGGCGAUCUCGACAUGACUGGCAUAUUACUUGGGAAGGCGCGCCGACUUCUUUUGCUUUUCGAGAACCCUAUCUACUAGCUUUUGAACCAUCAUUUAUCGAAAUUCGAAAUGUGAAAACAGGUUUAUUGGAACAAAUAAUUAAAGGUCACAAUUUACGUUGUUUAUGUUCUGAUAAUCGAGGCAAUAUUUUAGUUGCGACAAAUGUUCCCACAAGUGGUUGCUCUGAAGUUUUUUCAUUAAAUUUGGCCGAUGGUCGAAGAAGUUCACUACUUUCUGAUGCUAUUAGUAUUGCAACCACAAUCGUUGCACCCGAAGAAAGCGGAAAUAAUGGUAAAUCGGACUCUGCAGAAUGA